CGGGCUUAGUAAUUGACUAUGGCACGUACAAGAUUUCAUCCAGGACGUUCUACAAUUGGUCCUUCAAAUGCAACAAACACCUUAGGUGGUCCUAUUCAAGAAGAUAUACCAUCAAGUAAUCACUCGCUAAGGCAAUCUGGAGGUCACAUUCAGGAGAAUCCUUUUGAUUUGGGUAUUGAUGAUGACAAUCAAUUUAGUUCUGAUGAUGAACAACCUGAAGAAAAUAUGGAUUCUUCUAAGAAGUCAAGGAAUGGGAGAGGUCUUACUCGCAUGCAUAAGAUAUGGGCUAGGCGUGAUGGUGAUCAGUUGGCACUAACUUUUAAUGAAUUUGAUCAGCCUAUUGGCGAUGAAGCUGCACAAUUCACAAACUUCUUAGGCACUAUUGCUCGAAGUGGAAACGAAGCACCAUUGACAUAUAAGGAUUGGAGGCACAUGCCUUUGGACAAUAAAAAGAUCAUGUGGAAUAUUGUUAAGUUGAAGUAUAAUCUUGGAGAUGAUAAUUGGCCAUGGGUUAUGAAAGCUCUUGGAAAAAAAUGGAAGGACUUCAAAUCUGGUCUAAAGAAAAAGCACUACGAUGCUCAUAAUACUUAUGAAGAUCGUCUAGCUGAUCGCGAUUCAAGAGUCCUCCCAGAGCAGUGGAGACAAUUGGUUGAAUACUGGGAUAGUGAAGAAGGACAGACGCGUAGUUUUCGAAGCAAAAGUAACCGUUCUCAACAAAUUACUACUCACACUGCUGGCUCAAGAAGUUUUGCUCGUAUUCGUGAAGAAAAGCGAAAGGAAAAAGGAUUAGUGCCAACUAGGGCCGAACUAUUUAAGAUUACUCAUGUUCACAAAAAUGGGGACCCGAUGAAUGAAGAAUGUGCCAAAAAAAUUAGAGAGAUUGAUAUGAAGACCAAGAAUCAACCAGAUAUUGCCAAAAAAGGAGCCAAAGAAGUAAAUGAUUUAUUUUCGGAGAUAUUUGGAAAAGAAAAACAUGGUCGUGUGCGUGGUCUUGGUUUGGGCCCUGCUCCUACUCAUAUUUGGACCGACGCACCUUCACCUGCAGCAUGUAUAAGAAUGGCAACUGAGGUUAGAAAGAAAGCAGAGGAGGAAACAAAAGAGAUGAAGGAAAGAAUGAUGGUUAUGGAGACCCAGUUGGCUGAAAUGAAAGCGAUGAUGACAGCUAUGUUGCAACAUAAGUCUACUGAUUUCCACCAUUCUAAUUAUACACCUACUAAUCCAAUGGAUGGUCGACAGAAUAUUGUUGAUGCGAAUAAUCCUAAAGAUGCAUUGGAGAGAGAAGCACGAUCGUCAUCAUCCAGCCAUGAGUUUCAGUCUUAUCAGGUCCAUCAAGCAAAGAAAAAAAGAGUGCGAUAUGAACCUGAAACUGAGGGUGCACAAGAAGUGCUCUUAAUGUCUGUUGGACAACCUCAUCGUCCCGUUGCACGAGGACUUCUGUUUAGCAAAGAUCCUUCUACUAUCGUAGGAGGCGACAAAUUAGGUCAACAAUAUUGGGAGAUUUAUAUUGAGGUAGUAAUGAUACCUACAGAAAGUUUGAUUAGGAGUUAUCAUGGUAUGACGAGGAGUUAUCAUGGUAUGACGAAGAUACGUGAUGCUGCAAGAAAAUCUAUUGCUUGGCCAUCCUAUCUUGUUAAGCCGGUGAGAAGGUGA